GUAAAAUUGAAGGGUGCGGACUAAUAACUUAUUAUUAAUAAGUUCACCUUAGGAUUAGUCACAAAGACCAAGUUUUUGCACCAGUGUUCUUUAUUUCUAUGCUACCACUGCAGUUUUCAACCUCUGUUCUUAUUACUCUACUCCUUGUUAUACGUAUGUACGACUGACCUUGCUCCCUUCUCUCUCUCCGUAUUUCGGAUAUUUUCGGAGGAUGGAUCCCGGCAUACCAUGACCCGUCCUCACAACAGUACGCAGUAUGCACGUGAGGAAUUUUCAGGCAGUACUUUUGUUGUCAAACUGCUAUGCUGAACCAUGGGUAACAUUAUGAAACUGAAAUCAAGUUGAAACGUUUUGUUUCUAUAUUCCUCAUUGUAAGUACUUCUUAAGCAACAUAAACCACGUAUUAUACAAUUUGUGAGAUUUGUUUCUGCUAAAUUAUAUCAGUUAGUCGUACAUACGAGGCGUUUACGGAUCAGUCAAUACUCUUCUUGCAUUGUCAAACCGUUAUUUGAUUUACUUUAAAAUAAAAGUCUCCAAUUAAUAAUUUCUUAAAAUGGUCGAUCCAGCCAGCGAAGCCAUGGAUCAGACCAUGACAAGGUUCACGCAUUCUGUAAUUCCUUCAGACGAGUACAUGGAAAAUCUCAAAGCAUCUGCUGAAAAGGUUCGGAAAGCCUUACAGCUGAAAAGCCCUUAUGAAAUUGACCGGGUUAUUUAUUCUGGAAGUGUUGGGAAAUCAACGGGUAUUUUAGCCCCUGACAUGGACCUUGUCGUAUUUCAAAAUAGUGAAAUGCCUCCUUUUGAGAAAGUUUUCGAUGAGUGGGAGGAUAUUUUAAUCAUGAAUGAAGGGAUAAACCUGACCAAGGAUGGAAUUAAAAAGACAAGUAUCUCCCUGCAGUUCACAUUUGAAGAAGGGAUUGAGAUGGAUCUGCUUCCUGCUACUAACUUUGUUCACGGAAUAAAACCUGAGGGUCCACUUUUGGCUAAGAAACAAUCUGACGCUGUCCUGAGCAAAAUGGACAAGUCAAACUCUCAUUUCUACAGCUCAAGUUUGUCAGAGUCCCAGGUUUACUUUAUGAAAGAACAAACUUCUUUUACCCAUGAUGCCGUACGUCUUGCAAAGUUUUGGUAUAAAAGCCUUUACCUUGGUGAGCGACCAAUUUAUGGUGUCAAGACCAUUUUGGAGCUGAUUGCUAUUGCAGCCGCCAUGAAGGAAGAAGACCGGGACAAAAAGUCACUGCUCCGAACAUUUGCCAAGUUCUUGGACAAUGUUGCUCAGGUUGAUAAGCUUCGUCUCAAGUUUUCGAAUAGCAAUGGAAAAUGGGAAUUGGAAAAUACUGGAGGUAAAGUACCCUUCGAGAAUUACAUCAUAGAACCUUCAAAUCCGUACAACAACUUGGCAAAACAAAUGAUUAAUCGUGACAAAGAAGUCAACAAUCUCAAAGAAUUUGCAAAAAUUUCCAGACUUCGGAUUUCUGACGCCAUGAAAACCCACAAAGUUUCAGUUGAAUCAGUGUUCAACCUGUUUCGACCGUUACCGACCUCUCUUUAUCCGACCUUUUUUAGCGACAUUGGCCGCGCAGACAUCAUUGUAGGAGAAGAUCCAUCCUUCCGUGGUUACAACCCGGAUAUGAAAAUCUACAACGAAAAUAUAAUCAAGAACCCUGGAAUGAAAGAGUUGCUCAUGGUCAAUGCAGUAAAAAUCUUUCUUUCAUGUACAGUAAAUGCUGGAAACGCAGCACUCGUUGCAAAUAAUAAGGAAGUUACGCUGACUGAAGUGAGACAAAAACUAAGGCGAAUGAUUGAUGAGGACUUAAAGGGGACGCCACAUAAUAUUACUGAGUGGCUUCCGACUACUAAUCGGGUCGAGGAUUUUGAUAUUGUCUUUACAGUACCAAUUUCCACUAAUUUGGAAAAGGGUGCGGUAAAAAUUGGCUUUCGAUGGAGGUAAUUGAGACAAUUUUGAUGACUAAUUGAUUAUUUCCUUCUUAAAUAUUUAAGCAAUUAAAUUAUACAUAUAUUUAAUUAUGUAACUCUAUAUGUGGCAAAUUUUAUCUUCAGAUUAGAUUAAUUACUCUUAUACUCUUCAGAUUAUUUCAGAAUAUAAAUAUUAAAGAAAAUAUGUAUGUAUGUAUUAAAUUAAAUAAAAUCGCCACUACAUUCCUUUAUUCAUGCA